UUGUUUUAUUCUUUCAGAGCCGAAACUGAAAUUGAUGAUGAUGCUACCUUGGGCCUUGGCCCUAUAUAUUGCAUCUCUCAACGUGAAUCUUGACCUCACUCACCACCACUCAGAACUGACCAUCUGCAUCUUCAGUUGCUCUUGUCUUGUUCCAAACAAAUAGCUGAAUGGCUGUGAAGAAGAUGUUGGAGAAAGUGGAAGAAUUUGACAUGGACAAAGUGAUAGAGGAAUUUGAGAGGCUUACCAAGGAUGCUGAGGGGGUUCAGAGGGAAACUUUGAAGAGGAUAUUGGAAGAAAAUGCUUCAGCUGAGUACUUGCAGAGUUUGGGACUUAAUGGAAGAACUGACCCUGAGAGUUUCAAGUCAUGUAUUCCUCUGGUCACUCACAAGGAAUUGGAGCCUUUUAUCAACAGAAUGAUUGAUGGAGAUGCUUCUCCAAUUCUCACUGGAAAACCCAUCACAGCCAUGUCUUUAAGUUCUGGCACUACUUCUGGGAAGCAAAAAUAUGUACCAUGGAAUGAUGAAUUGUUUGAAACCACAUUGCAGAUAUAUCACACCGCUUUUGCCCAUAGGAACAGAGAGUUUCCAAUUAAUGGCAAGGCCUUAAGCUUUAUCUACAGCAGCAAGCAUUUCAAAACAAAAGGGGGUGUCACAGCAGGAACUGCCACAACCAAUGUGUUCCGCAACCCCGGGUUCAAGCCUUCAAUGAAGGCGCUUAAGUCCUCGUGUUGCAGCCCAGAUGAAGUGAUAUUUGGUCCCGAUUUUCACCAAUCGCUGUAUUGUCACCUCUUGUGUGGCCUAAUUUUCCGCGAGGAAGUUCAAUUGGUGUCUUCUACGUUCGCGCACAGCAUUAUCUACGCAUUCAGAACCUUUGAGCAAGUUUGGGAAGAGCUUUGUGCUGAUAUAAGGGAAGGUGUUCUUAACAGGAGCAUCGUGGUCCCCUCGAUUCGAACCGCUAUGUCUAAACUGCUUAAACCGGACCCUGAACUCGCGAACCUGAUCAAGAGAAAGUGCUUGGGAUUGAGCAACUGGUAUGGAUUGAUACCAGAGCUUUUCCCAAAUGCUAAGUAUGUUUAUGGGAUCAUGACAGGGUCAAUGGAGCCUUAUUUGAAAAAGCUGAGGCACUAUGCAGGAGUGUUGCCUUUAGUGACUUCUGAUUAUGGAUCUUCUGAAGGGUGGAUAGCAACCAAUGUGAACCCAAGAGUGCCUCCUGAAUUGGCCACUUAUGCUGUUCUUCCUCAAAUUGGUUACUUUGAAUUCAUCCCUCAGAGUGAGUUGGAGGAAACCAAGGGAGAUACUAGUUUUCUCUCUGUGGAUCCUCAAACAGUGGGUUUGACUGAAGUGAAAAUUGGUGAGGAGUAUGAGAUUGUUAUCACCAAUCCUGCAGGCUUAUAUCGGUAUAGGCUAGGAGAUGUGGUCAAGGUUAUGGGGUUCCAUAACUCAUCUCCAAAACUCAAGUUUGUUCGGAGGAACAAUCUUCUGCUUACAAUCAACAUUGACAAGAACACAGAGAAUGAUUUACAAUUAGCUGUGGAAACAGCAUCCAAAUUGUUAGCAGAGGAGAAAGUGGAAGUUGUUGACUACACCAGUCAUGUUGAUGUGUCGAAAGAACCGGGGCACUAUGUUAUCUUCUGGGAAAUCAAUGGCGAAGCGAGCGAAGAAGCACUUGGUGAAUGCUGCAAUUGCUUGGAUAAGUCCUUUGUGGAUGCUGGCUACACCAGUUCUCGCAAAGUAAAUUGCAUUGGCCCGCUCGAGCUCCGAGUUGUUAGACGAGGAACGUUUCGGAAGAUUCUUGAUCAUUACUUAGCAUUAGGGAACACGGGGAAUCAGUUCAAGACUCCAAGGUGUAUUAGUCCUGCAAACACCAAAGUGAGGCAAAUAUUGUGUGACAAUGUGGUGAACAACUAUUUCAGUGUUGCUUUCAAUUGAUAUAUAAAAUGUGGGAUCUGCUUUUCUUCCA